UGUUGGGAGUUGGGAACAGGCAAGCAAAGCAAAGGAAGCGAGACAAAAAACAACGUUCUCGACGACGCUGAAACGUAGCCUACCGGUUGUGAAGACACUUCAAGAAAUCAUACCCUCUUUGAAUUAAUCAUGGUUACCGAAACAAAAACAAGGGAUGACAAGGACAAAGAUAAGAAAAAGGAUGGCAAAGAUAAGGAGGCCAAGGACAGAGGUCGUGAUAAGAAGAGGCGUGGGGGCUCAUCCAGUAGCGGAUCAAGAAGCAGUUCCUCCAGAAGUGGCUCUCGCUCAUCAUCCUCUGGUAGCUCAAGCUCUGGCAGUUCAAGUUCAGGCAGUUCCUCACGCUCUGGGAGUUCGAGUUCCAGCCGCUCUUCCAGCUCUGACAGUAGCCGGAGCCGAGGCCGAGAUCGCAAACAGAGAAAUGAAACUCCUAAAAGGAAAAAGAGGAGCCCCACUCCCAAGCCUACGAAAGUACACAUUGGCCGUCUCACAAGAAAUGUAACAAAGGAACACAUUCAGGAGAUCUUCUCUUUGUAUGGCACAAUAAAAAAUGUGGAGAUGCAGAUGGACAGAAUUCACGCCCACUUCAAUAGAGGUUUUGUGUACAUAGACUACGACACUCCGGAAGAGGCUGCCAAAGCCAUAAAAUUUAUGGAUGGAGGUCAAAUAGAUGGGCAGGAAGUUACAGCGGCAGCUGUUCAUGUUCAACGAAACCCUGUGCGUCCUCCACUUAGACGAAGCCCCAUAAGGAGAGGAGGGCCUCCACCCAGAUGGCGUGCUUCUCCAUCUCGCUACAAUCGUGAUAGAAGGAGGUCACCCCCACGAAGAAGCCCUCCAAGAAGAAGGUCAAGGUCACCUACCGGUCGCAGGCGUCAUAGCAGAUCAAGCUCAAGUUCUUCGCGUUGAUUUGGAUGAAAUUAUGGUGUAAAGUGUUCUUGUGUGAGUGAGGUCUGGGAUGGGAUAGGGUGGGUUUGAUUUUAAUGUUGAUUUAUUCAUCUAGAAAAAGGUUGGGCAUGGAUAACUCAAACACAAUGGGGGGAUGGGCAAAUGUGUUUGACCCAUCCAUAGUUCGAGUUAACAGAAUACCAAAAAAUUAAAGAGAUUUCAGUUGAGGAAUGGGAAAUUGAUUUCCAUUUUCCAUGCCAUGUUUGUGUUAUCUGUGCCGGACUGUUUCUUUCUUUUUUUUCUUUUUUUUUUUCUUUUUCUUUCUUUUUCUUUUCUUUUUUUUUUUAAAAUCAUGUAAGAGCAGCUUAUGGUUCAGCUUUUAUGGGAUAAGUGAAAGUUUUUCAUAUCUACUCAGAGGGCUAUAUAGACGCAGAGAGGAGAGGCUGGGAAGCUGCCAACCAACUAUUUAGAAAUCUUUUGUCUUCUGAAUGAUAAUACGAAGCCGUAAGGUUUGAGUAACAUUUUAUUUUCGUAGGAAAUGGGCCUAUUAAAUCAGUUUGUUCAAAUAAAGGUAAAUCGGAUUAAUUUUUAACUUGUCUAAGCACUCUUAUAUGGUAUGCUGUGCUCAAUAGCAUGCUGCGGCAUAAAAAGUACCUAACUAGUAGAGUCUUGGGGAAGAUGUUUUAGUAUGUGGAAAUUGCAGUAUCCCACUUAAAAUGUUACUGUCCUUUUAAUUUCAUGAUAUAAAUUCCUGUAAUAUUUAAUAUUGAACAGAUAUUAUGAGCUCCAAAUAUCUUUUUUACUAGACUGAGUUGCAAAAUACUUUUGGUUCAUCGACUUACAGUACUGCCUUCCAUUGUUCAGUUUGUUUUGUUGGAGACAGAAUCCAUGUAAUUGAACUUUGUAUCACAUCAACUUUUCAUCAUAAAGUUUGUUUCAUUAAAACAUGUGAAUUUUACUGA